UUGAAGGUGACCGUUGGUGACAACGUGGAAACCAAGUACGCUCCCCGAGGCAUCUUUUCUAAUCACUCCUUUCUCCUCUCUUUGCUACAAACAAACCACACUUCACACACUGCACAGUGCUUCUUCUUCGAUUAGGGUUUUCUCUUCUUCGCCAACAUGAACAUCUUCAAGAAGAAAACCUCACCCAAAGAAGCUCUGCGGUCAAGUAAGAGGGAAAUGGCUGUUGCAACCAGAGGAAUUGAAAGAGAGAUAGCAUCGCUUCAGAUGGAGGAAAAAAAAUUGGUGGCAGAGAUUAAAAGAGAAGCCAAAACGGGUAAUGAGGCUGCCACCAGAAUCUUAGCUCGUCAACUUGUUAGGUUACGUCAACAGAUAACCAAUUUGCAGGGAAGUCGAGCUCAGAUCAGGGGUGUAGCAACUCACACACAGGCAUUAUAUGCUAGCACUUCAAUCUCUACGGGAAUGAAGGGUGCAACUAAAGCAAUGGUGGCAAUGAAUAAGCAAAUGGCACCAGCAAAACAGGUUAAAGUGAUUAAAGAAUUCCAAAAGCAAUCAGCACAAUUGGACAUGACGAUUGAGAUGAUGUCAGAAUCUAUUGAUGAAACUUUAGACAAAGAUGAAGCUGAGGAAGAAACAGAAGAGCUCACUAACCAGGUUCUUGAUGAGAUUGGGGUGGAUAUUGCAUCCCAGUUAUCUUCUGCUCCAAAAGGUCGAAUUGCUUCAAGGAAUACUGAAAAUGUUGCUGCUCCAAGACCACAAGAAUCCCAAGAUGUUGAAGAUCUUGAAAAGAGAUUGGCUUCUCUCCGAAGAAUAUAAUUAUCUGCUACAGCUGGAAAUCGUUAUAUAUACAAAUCGUUACAUAUAGUAUAGCAAUGGAAAGAUUGUGUUGGCUCCUCGUUUAAUUACUAAAUUUAUGUGGAUGUGUUUAAGACUGGAAUAUAUCACUACCCCAAACAUUUAUUAUUUGGGAGUUUGUAAAUGUGUAUGUGGUUAGUUAAUAAGCUACGUAGGUAGAUGAGCACUUUAUUUCUA